CUGGAAAUCACAGCACAGCCACCGUUGAGAACGGCAAAGCAGCAUCGACAUAGCGUACAUACAUCGAAUAUGCAACAACUACAGAUCAGUUCUCAAAAUUGUCUGUUGCAGGAUCCAUCGCCUUCAAACGGACCGCAACGUUCCACGUCUUCCGAUUACUGCAGAGAAGAGCGCAGGGAUACUUUGGUAAAAAGUAACAAAUUCCUCAAAUGGCUUGGAAUUGGAAACGCUGGGACGGACAAAAAGGAUAUGAAGAAUCGUAGAAUGAGCACUUUUACAUGA